CACAGGUGCACGAGGACGCUCACAAUCCAAAGUGCGCGUGCACUGGUUGCAUAGGCAGAAAACAUUUGCGCGUGCUGCGAGAACUCUCCUAGAGCUCAGUGUCUUCUCAGCGCUAGACUAAAUAAACUGGUCUGGGAUACGUGUUUUUCAAUUUCACUACGUGGAUCGGGUGUGUGUGUGUGUGUGUGUGUGUGUGUGUGAGGGGGAGUAAAAACAAAAAAGUCUCAACCAUGCCGCCUGGAUUUCAGCAGCUUGGAGGAGAGAGGAUAACAGGAACUCUUGCACUGUCAGUGUUCACAGCAGUUUUGGGCUCUCUUCAGUUUGGAUACAAUAUCGGAGUCAUCAAUGCUCCUCAGAAGAUUAUUGAGAAUGAGUAUAAUUCAACAUGGAUACACCGCUACUCAAAUCCCAUUCCUGAGUCCACACUCACUUCUCUCUGGUCUCUCUCGGUGGCCAUCUUCUCUAUCGGAGGCAUGCUCUCCUCUUUCUGUGUGGGAAUGAUUUCCGAGUGGCUUGGCAGGAGGAAAGCCAUGCUCAUCAAUAAUCUCCUGGCUUUCAUUGGUGGAGGCUUGAUGGGACUGUCUAAAAUCAGCAAAUCAUUUGAGAUGAUGAUUUUGGGACGUUUCACUAUUGGAGCAUACUGUGGGCUGGCAUCAGGGCUGGUGCCCAUGUAUGUGGGUGAAAUAUCACCCACAAACCUGAGAGGAGCUCUGGGCACACUACACCAGUUAGCCAUAGUCACUGGCAUUCUCAUUGCUCAGAUAUUAGGUCUGGAGUCAUUGCUAGGCAGUGAGGAGUUAUGGCCUGUGUUAUUGGGCAUUACAGUGAUCCCAACCGUCCUACAGAUGGCAUUAUUGCCGUUCUGUCCAGAAAGUCCUCGUUUCCUUUACAUUGUCCGCUGCCAGGAACACCAUGCCAAGAGCGGCCUGAGACGUCUGACUGGAAGACUGGACGUGAGUGAAGACCUGGCAGAGAUGAAAGAGGAGAAGAGGAGGAUGGACAUGGAGAGGAAGGUGUCUAUUGCCGAGCUUUUCCGCUCUCCGCUUUACAGGCAGCCCAUCAUCAUAUCCAUCCUGCUGCAGCUCUCCCAACAGCUGUCAGGAAUCAAUGCUAUCUUCUACUACUCAACCAGCAUAUUCCAGAAGGCUGGAGUGGAGAGCCCAGUCUAUGCCACCAUAGGUGCUGGAGUUGUGAACGUUGCCUUCACUGUGGUCUCGCUUUUCUUGGUGGAGAGGAUGGGCCGGCGGACGCUGCACAUGCUGGGACUGGCUGGAAUGUGUGUGUGCGCAGUAGUCAUGACAAUCGCCCUCAGUUUAUUGGAAAGCGUGCCAUGGAUGAGCUACAUCAGCAUGCUGUCCAUCUUUGGCUUUGUGGCCUUCUUUGAGGUGGGACCAGGACCCAUUCCUUGGUUUUUUGUGGCAGAGCUGUUUUCUCAGGGGCCCAGACCUGCAGCCAUGGCUGUGGCUGGAUGUUCCAACUGGACAGCGAAUUUCAUCAUCGGCAUGGGAUUCCAGUAUGUUGCUAACCUCUGUGGUCCAUAUGUCUUCCUCAUAUUUGCGGCACUUCUCCUGUUUUUCUUGCUGUUCACCUUCUUUCGGGUUCCUGAAACUCGAGGAAAGACCUUUGACCAGAUUUCUGCCGCUUUCAACCGCCGUCCUGAAAGCAUGCUGGAUAUGGACCUGAACAUGGAUCUAGUAAAGCCCAGUACAGAGCUGGAGUAUCUGGGGGCAGACAGCUCAGAGCAGUGAUGCCCAAGAGGAGGAAGGAGAUCUGAUGAAGGGAUACAAACUGGAACACACCUUACCCUCUGAUGGUGUUUUAGGGGAAAUGAAAGUCAAUGAGAGAAUGAAAGAAGACUAAAACCUGUGAUGCUGCUUGUUAAGAAUUUUGUAAGACAGGUGUUUCAGGGAGACUUGGAUUACUGCACUUUAUCUGCACAACAGAGAUUGAGAAGAAAUGCCAGUUAUAUUUAUAUAUUUAUAUUUACACUGACAUGCUGUGCUAGUUUCCUUAAUACUGACAUAUAUUUAAGAUUGCUUCAAGAAUUUCUAAAAUCUUUUUUAUUCUAGCACAAACGUGCUACUUUUGAGGCAUGGACAGACCAAGGUAAAUAUAAAUCUCAGCACCACGCAAACAGAUGAAUUUUAUAUUAGUUGUUAUUGGGGAGUCCCCAUCAGAGGCUUUACUCCAAAUUUUGUACUUUGAAGAGUAGCAGCUGUUAAACAUAUAAUUCUUAUAUAAUAUUUAACUCCAGUAAAAAGGAAUGGUUAUUAGAAUUAGACCAGAAGAACCUUAGGGCUUAAUGUGCAUAGAGUGAUUUUAUUUUUUAAUUGGUCAGAACUUUAUUAGUAAAAGGUUUUUAAAAAAAAUAAGUUAGCAUGUUCUGUUUGCUUCAAAUAACUGUUUUUAUGUGAGUCAGUCUUGGACAAGAUUUACAUUGUGGUAUUAGUAAAAGGGAGAAACAAAAGGACCUAUAAUUUUGGUAUUCAAUGCCAUGUUCAGUAUGUCUGGUGUAUAAAGCAAUUCUAAGAUGUUGGAAUUAAUGUUAUAUUUGAUAAGUUAUAUAGCCGAGUAGUUUGACAAUAGUGAGUGAGUUGUGUGUACUGUUUUCCAUGUUAGCAAUAAAAUGACAAGGAGUUGUUUAACCAGCCUUGUUCCUAUCACAGACUG